GGAAGUGUUGGAAUACAUUUAGAUAAAUGCGCCUGAACCGAAGUAAACAGGCACUUUUGGAUUUAUUCUGCUCUGAUCAUAAUAGUACAUGAGAGAGUGUCGAUGUGAAGAUGGAGAAAAGUGGUUUUGUUGUGGAGGUUUUGAGGAUUCCUGAAGGAUUUCCAGACCAAACAGUCGUUGAUAAACUCCGCCGGUAUUUCCUUCGGUUCCAGUCCGGCGGAGGUUUGGAUCUCAGGGUUCUUUACCCCUGUUACCGUCCGGAUCAGGCCUUCCUCAUAUUCCAGGACAGAGAAGUUUGCGUCCGUGUUCUGCAGAAGCACUCUCACAUGUUGGACUUUGGGCACCAGCAACAUCGUUUAAGUGUGAAAGCAGCAGAUCAUCCUGAGGUGGAUUUACCAGCAGAGGCGACUUUACACUUGAAUGAAUUCCGCAACGAGAAAGAAGUGCAUGAAAUUGUCCACUCAUACGAUUUUGUGAUGCAGGUCCUGAAUCGGGAUCAAGUGCGCCUCAUGGGCUCGUUCUUAAAGCUCAGGGAAUUGAAGUCCCAUUUGGAGCAGCUUCAUAAAUCACAAAACCAAACCAAGACAGCACCGCACUCAUCCACGCCAAGUCUCCGUCACCCACCAGCUUCAUCUGGAGCUGUACCCAAACAUUACCCCAAUGACCACUUGGUGCCAGAUGGCAGGGCACAUAGGAAUUUGCAUUCAUCUCGACGCACCAGGUUCUCAUUUAAAAAAUCAAGGUCCAUACACCAGGAUUCACCUCCAGGAAGCAACUCCUUCUUCUUUGACAGCGAUGUCCUUCAGUACGCGCAGCGCUUCAGGAAAAAAGACGUUAAUGUCAUACUCACGUCCCAUGAUGUGUCCUUAAAAGUGGGUCAAGACAACCCUGGCAUAAACAGCAUCACUCUGUUGGGGAAGAAAGCAGACCAGGCGGCUGAGAAGCUGAAGGAGCUUCUGAGUCAUCUCAGCAAAUCACUACGAACACAAGAAAUUCCUCUGAAGGAUCUGGAUGGAGCCAGGCGGGCGGCUCUCGCCAAGAGAAUUCAAGAAGAAAAACAGAAUUCGGUGCUGAUCUUCGAGCUACCGCACAAGGUUCGCAUCAUAGGGACGUCUUCCAAUAGCUUUGAGGUAAAGCAGAGGCUGUUGGACCCAUCCAACAAAACACUUAAGGAUCCGAGGAGCUCUGCUUUUGGACGGUUUUUUGUAAGAGGUCCUGCUGCCAGAGCGCAGGUGUCUGCUGCUGCAGGUGCUCCAGAUUAUUCUGGAUCAAAGCAGCAGAAUGAUCAAAGUGUUGAGCCAAAGCGUGGUGCUUUUUCUCAGUGGAGUCUUAGGAAGAACAGUUCCAAAGUAAAAGACCAGGUGAAGACGGCAGAUGACAUCAAACCGGAGAAGGAAAACAAAGAACCUACGAAGUUUAAGUUUUUCAGAGAAAUCUUGAAAGUAAAAAAGUGAGCUGUGACACAUGUCAAAAUAUGCCCCCCCGUUCUGCGGACACUACCUCAGUGCGUCAUAGGCGACUCCAACUUUUCAAAUAAUUUGGGACAAAAAGUAUUUAUUUUAGAGGGGAAGGAUGAUGCUCAAACAGUUCUAGAAAAAUGCUUCAAAGUAAAACACUUUUAUUAAUGUGCACAAAGUCCAGGGGUCAAUUUUGUGGACUGUUGCAAAGUUCAUACAGUUUAAUUAUGUACAUGAGAAAACUGCUUAUAGUACAAGUACAGUUGUGUGUGCAGUGUAGAAAGGUUUAAAGCUCAGAACAAAAAUAUAUGAGCACCUUAAAGAAAACACAAAAACAGUAAACAUUGAAUAGCAUCACUGAUGAGAUUUGAGAAUAAUUCAAAUUAUUUGCUCUGGAUAACAACAUAUAAGCACAUAAAUUAAUUAACUGCAAACCCCCCCCCCCCCCAAAAAAAAACCCAACAACCUAAGACUAGCUUAUCUAUCGAUCUCAUGCUGUAAUUUGUGACAUACUGUGCAUCCGUCUGCCACCUGUUGGAUGGAUGGUGGAAAUUAUGAGCAGGUGUGGCUGAACCCACAUAUAGCUUUUCUGCCCCCUGCUGGACACAGGCAUAUUACAAUUUUGUAAUAUUGCUGAAGCAGACCGAGUGAUUUUUAUUUUUUUUAUUUUUUACUUUUCCUGUCUAUAGCGACAAAAAUGAAAACAUUAAAUACCUGCAGAUACUAUGGAUCAUUUGAUUAGUUUCAGUGAGGAUAUUUAGGUGGUAUAUAAGAGUAAUAAUGUGGCUAAAAUCCCAGUUUUCCUCAAUUAUUCUGAUAUUUUUACUGUAAGACCUGAAUGUGGCGUUUGAAUAGAAACGGAAAUGAUCUGACUCUGCUCAGGAAAUGAAGCAAUCGUUCAGCCGGCUGAACGCAUCUCGGAAGAAGUGACACCACACGUGAAAGUCAUGGACAGAAACGCGUGGAAAGUGGAUGUUCAAAGAUGGGUUCAGGUUCAGUCUGAGUCACACAUGAUAUAAAGUCCCUUUACUCAAACCAAUUUCCAGAUAGUGCAGACA